UGUGCGCCGGCGGGUCCCUAACUGAGUCCGGGACUUAGGAUGUCGGGGCUUUUGUGUGUGUGUGCGUGUGCGUUUCUGCCAUCGGUGUUGUUAUCCGCGCCGUGCCUCUUGUCUUUCGACCCCCCCCUCCCUGCCUUGAUCGCAGUCGCUGGGGCAGAAGAGGCUGUGCUGCCAGGCGCUCGCCUUGGGGCCUCCUGCUCCUGAUGCGAUCCGCGCCGCUUAACAUCCCCCCGCGUCUUCGCUCUCCCUCAACCCCCCUCCAUGAGCAGGAGGUCGGCCGAUGCCUUCGCCUGGUCGCUCUGGGUCGUAACCAGCCCCUGAAGCGGGACAAGCCCCGAUGGAAGAGCGACUACCCCAUGACGGACGGCCAGCUGCGCAGCAAGCGAGACGAGUUCUGGGACACGGCGCCAGCCUUCGAGGGCCGCAAGGAGAUCUGGGACGCGCUGCGAGCCGCCGCCAGCGCCUUCGAGAGCGACGACCACGAGCUGGCCCAGGCCAUCGUCGACGGGGCCAGCAUCACCCUUCCGCACGGUGCCCUUACGGAGUGCUAUGAUGAGCUGGGCAAUCGGUACCAGCUGCCCGUCUACUGCCUGGCCCCCCCCAUCAACAUGAUCGAGGAGAAGAGCGACCUGGAGGUGCCCGACGUGCCCGAGCCGCCGCCCAACUCGGGCCAGGAGUGCCAGCUGCGUCUGCGCCUCUCCACGGGCAAGGACCUGCGGCUGGCCGUGCGCUCCACCGACUCCGUGCAGCACAUGAAGCGCCGCCUGCUGGCCGAAGAGGGCGUUGCGCCCGCCAGCCAGCGCUGGUUCUUCUCGGGCCGGCCGCUGACGGACAGAAUGAAGCUGGAGGAGCUGAAGAUCUCCAGGGACUACGUGGUGCAGGUGAUCAUCAGCCAGCCGCCCCCUCAGAACCCCACGCCUGUGGAGAACUAGAACCUGGAUGCACUUGCUGGCACGGAACCGGACUGCGCGGAACAGAAUAACACUCUGCGAGACUAUCUGCUAUUACUAUUGUUAUUAUUGAUAUUAUAAUUAUUAUUGUCAUCGAUGUCGUUAUUAUUGUAUUUUAGGAGUUUUUUCAAUUUUUACGCCUGUCUUUAUACCGCUCAUUCCCUGUCGAACUUUCUAUACGCACAGAGCUGUGCGAUUUUUAACGUGACUACGCAGGCCGAUCUCCACGGCAACAAGUGGGGCGGCUCACGACGCUGCCUAGUCCUACCUUUUUAAAUUCGCCGGAACUGUUUUGUUCUUUAACUAAACCAAAAAGCGUUGCCGGGGAAUUUGAUGUCGGGUUAUGGGACAAAGAGGAAAAUCCGUGGUAUAUGAGCACCUGCGAUGUUUGCUUUUUCUUUGGUUUGGGAAUUUCGGAAUCGCUGUUUUUCACCUGCCGGCGAACGAAGUCGGUUUCGCUGAAUGACUGGACUUGUACCACAAGUACUUGUACCUUUAGUAAAGCGAAGGAGAGGGACACAACUUUAAAAAUAAUUUGAUUGUAAAACUUGGGGGGACUAAUAAGCUAAUAAGCUUUUAAGUUCAUGUCCGGCUUUGUAGAGCUGACCGCCACCUCGUUCUGCUCGUAUACCUGUUG